AUGAAGCUGUUUAAAUCAGUCCAUGACUACCAGUAUGAAUGGAGUCUUGUCUCAGCUGCCAACUGGCAAAAAUACCCCAAUGAGCAUUGCACCCAUGUACAGGCUGUGGAUGUCCUUGACAGACGAGUGGAUCCGAAAACCGGCAUUUUGACAACCGAGCGUUUAAUUACCGUCAAUCAAAACGUGCCUGCCCUAAUUAUGAAGCUAUUGGGCUGUGAUAACGGCGCUCAAUAUGUACGAGAAAUUUCGAUUAUCGAUCCAAAAAAGAAAACAAUGACGAUGCGAAGCCAAAACCUGACCAUGUCUAAUCUUUUAUCAGUGGAGGAAGAGAUUGUGUACUGUGAACAUCCAGAAGACCAUACCAAAACGCAAUUUACGCAGCAGGCAGCCAUUUCGGCUGGAAGUCUCAUGUCGCGCUGGGCGAGCGUGUUGGAAGACUUUUCAGUCAAGCGAUUCCAACAGAAUGCCGCUGUGGGCCGCGAAGGCUUCAGCAAAGUAAGUUCUACUAGUUAG